AUGUUUCACUUAGCAUCAUCGUUGUACUCCCAAUACACCAAGCGAGAACAAUACAACGUCUUGAUUCUUGGAUUGGAUAAUGCAGGCAAAACUACUUUUUUGGAGCAUAUAAAGCUACUAUAUGCGUCGCCAACUGCGACCUCGCAAGCGGACUCUGGUAAGAAAAACAAUGAGUCAAGUGGGAAAAAGGGUACCUUCAAAAAUGGUAAUGACAGCCAAGGCUCAGAUCAAGCUGAGGAACUUCAAUCGACGUCAGAUAUUCUUAAAACCAAGCGUAUAUUACCAACCGUUGGUCAAAACACAACAACGAUCAAAUUUGAAGCCUCUGAUAAGCAUUCGCCGCUAGCGAGUCAGUUCAAGAACAUCAAUUUGAAAUUCUGGGAUUUGGGUGGCCAAAAGUCAUUGCGAAAUAUGUGGUCGCGGUAUUUCACCCAGUGUCAUGGCAUCAUUUUUGUUAUAGAUUCAACAGACACCGCUAGGUUUCAAGAGUGUUAUGAGACAUUGGUUGAUAUUGCAAACGUCGAUAGCUGGUUGCUAUCCAAUACACAAGAUAACAAUGAUGAAGAAAGGAUGGUUGGUGGGAAUACUGCUGGAAACAUUGGAGGUGAUGGGACGGUUAAUGUACCGAUCUUGAUGCUUGCAAAUAAGCAAGAUUUGCCCCAGGCUGUUGAUUUGGUGAGUUUGAAGACUGGAGUCUUUAUCAAAUUAGUGAGUGAGUUGGAAGCAACAGACUCAAAGUUAUUACCUGUCAGUGUUUUGGAAAACCAGGGAUUAAGAGAGAGUUUAGAAUGGUUAGUUACAAGGUUGAUAUACAAUAAAACAAACAAGCGUCCAGAAUACAAGUGA